CCCCGCCACCGCCUCCCCGCCGCCGCCGCCGCUAUGGCCGCGCCCGCCCCGGGCCUCAUCUCUGUCUUCUCGAGCCCGCAGGAGCUGGGCGCGUCGCUGGCGCAGCUGGUGGUGCAGAGGGCCGCGUGCUGCCUGGAAGGGCCCCGCGCCCGGUUCGCGCUCGGGCUGUCGGGCGGCAGCCUCGUGUCGAUGCUGGCCCGCGACCUGCCCGCCGCCGCCGCCGCCGUCGGACCCGCCAGCCUCGCGCGCUGGACGCUGGGCUUCUGCGACGAGCGCCUGGUGCCCUUCGAGCACGCCGAGAGCACGUACGGCCUCUACCGGACACACCUGCUGUCCAGACUGCCGGUCCCUGACAGCCAGGUCAUCACCAUCGACCCCCAGCUGCCCGUGGAGGCGGCGGCAGAGGACUAUGCCAGGAAGCUGCGGCAGGCCUUCCAGGGAGACGCCAUCCCUGUGUUCGACCUGCUGCUCCUGGGUGUGGGUCCCGAUGGCCACACCUGCUCACUCUUCCCAGACCACCCGCUGCUGCAGGAGCGAGACAGGAUCGUGGCCCCCAUCAGUGACUCCCCGAAGCCUCCCCCACAGCGGGUGACCCUGACGCUGCCUGUGCUGAAUGCAGCCAGGACUGUGGUGUUUGUGGCGACUGGGGAAGGCAAGGCAGCAGUGCUGAAGCGCAUCCUGGAGGACAGGGACACGGCACCGCUGCCCGCCGCCCUGGUGCGGCCACACACGGGAUCGCUGUGCUGGCUGCUGGACGAGGCUGCUGCGUGCCUUCUGUCCGUGCCCUUUGAGAAGCAUUCGACGCUGUAGCCAUGGAGAUCACCGGGACAGGAGAGACGAACUGGGCGGGGUCUCUUCUCUGACACCCUGCUUUCAAA